AUGAUGAAUAAUCCACAGAUGUACCCUGUUCUCGAGACAUGGGAUAACCCACCCUCGGUGGACAAUACGAAUGAUCGCCCCCGAAAGAAACGCCGCAAAUACAUCGCCAAAGCCUGCAAUGGAUGUAAACGUCGCAAAAUAAAAUGCAAUGGCCAGUCACCUUGUCAGCGUUGCGGACGCCAGCAUAUUGAGUGCAUUUACGUUGAGGAUUCUCGAGACAGUCCCCACGAGCAAGACAACUUCAAGCUGCUUUUUGACCAAAUGAGGGCCAUGCAGGACCAGAUUACUCAGUUGUCUGCUAGUAUCCGGUCAAUAGCCAGCAGCGAACAUUCUCCUGGAGGGGUUUCCGCCACCGGCACCUACGGGCAGUUUCCUACCCAACGUCCAAUCAGGCGCCUGUCAACAGCUAGAGAGACGUCAUUCCAAGGUCCGACGACAUCGGCCUUUAGUUUCGACCUUGCGAAGUCCAGCCUGCAGCAGCGCGGGAUCGUGGAACGUGCCGAGGCUGGCGACGAGGGCGAUAUGACUCAAGAACCAUCACCGCUGGCAUCGCCAUCGGCUGCAAAUGAGGGACUUGAGACCCGUCAGACCCUCGAUCCCCUUUGGAUUCUCCCCAAAGCCGAGGCGCUUCGCCUUUGCCAAGUCUACGAGGAGGAAAUGGGCGUCAUGUACCCGGUUCUGGAGCUUUCGGAGCUUUUGGACCAGGUUGACCUUCUCUACGGCCAGAAUGACCGCGUGAUUGAACCGACUGGUCAGCCCGAUGGACACAAUGGACUGUCUCGCGAAGAUGUCCAUAUUCUACGUGUAGUGUUUGCCUGUGCGUUGACCGCCGAAGCCAGUGGCCGGAGUGAACAGGCCAUUGCGCUCUUUGACAGCGUACGAGAAGUUCAAGACAAUUGUGUCUGGGGUCCGCCUGAAAUCAAGAACAUCAUAUUUUUGACUCUCGUGUCAAUAUUCUAUUUUCAAAUGGACGAGGAAAUUCUGGCGUGGCGCACCGUUGGUAUUGUGGAGCGCAUGUGCCUCGAGAAAGGUCUUCAUCGACGGGAAACUCUGAAUCAACCGGCCAUCAUCGCCGCGGGUAAGGAUCGCGUUCUGCGGCUCUUCUGGUCUAUUUAUAUUUUGGAUAUGCGGUGGAGCUUUGGGACUGGCAUGCCGUUUGCCCUGGAAGAUACAGAUAUUGACCCUUGGCUGCCUGAGCCCGCCGAGAAAACGCCAUAUCUACGUGUAAUGAUCCGGUACAGCCGAAUCGCAGCGAAGGUAUGGAAGUUUAUAUCAGCAUUUAACAACACGAACGAAAUCAAGAAAGAGGAAAUGAACUAUUUGGAUUGGCAGGUGUUGCGUUGGGCGCAUGCUAUUCCAGACCCGUUGCGGCUCGAUCAUCCGAGUUCUGCGGAGUCUGAGAAUGCCACCGAAGGCUCACGGAGCCUGCGCAGACUGCGUGCCCUACUUUAUCUUCGUGCUAAUCAGUUACGCAUGCUCAUUCACCGUCCCGUCCUUCAUACUUCAGCAAAUGUUAUGCGGUAUCCGGCCGAGUCAGAGACAGCGGUGGAAAUUGCGAAAGAUACAAUUCGCUUCAUUACCCGCUUGAACGAUACAUCCGAUAUCUACCAAUUGCAGCAGGUGGCAUUCAAUUGGUUCCUUGUCUCGGCCCUUGCAGCUUUAUUCCUGGCAGUAGCACAGGCUCCAUCACAGUUCAGCGGGUCGUGUAAGGAGGAAUUUUACUGGGCCUUGGAAUUGGUCAAAGGAGUCUCAGCCCAGUCUUAUAUCUCCCGUCGACUAUGGAAGUCUAUUCGAAGUCUCCGUAAGCUGGGUCCUCAAUUGGGCCUGGGGGUUCAGAAAAAAUGUGUCGCUGAAAGUGAGCAUUUGAAUGUCCACGAUUCUCCCGCGUUGCCCCAACCUGCCACCGUCGACAGUCAAACACCACAAGACGGGGAACAAAUGACACAGGAGUUGAUGGAAUGGUUCGAAGCCGUGGGAAAUCUGGAGGAUCAAAUCAUGGGAAUGGGAACGGGCCCUGCACCAGAUGAGGGACCUUAUCAGCAGAUGCCCGACAGGGGCUUUGUAUUUGAUUACGGUGAAGAAUUGUCCAGUGUGAUGAAGGACUUCUUCUGA